UUGUUUGCUUGGAAAUACAGGUCAAUAGUUGGCUUAGUCUUCAACAUUUUGUUUAGAAAAAAUUUCAAAAAAAAAAUCUUCGACACUUAACAGGAAAAUGAAUUUUAACGAAUUUGAUGACGUGAUGGAGCAGAUCGGUUUUGGGAAAGUGCAUUGUUAUGUGAUGCUCACGUUGGGCCUGCUGCAAAUGUUGACCAUACACGAGACAAUGGGAAUGGGCAUAAUUGCGCCGUCUGCGGUCUGCGAUCUGCGCAUGAGCCUUGUCCAGUUGUCGACAAUUACGGCGGCGGCAUUUCUGGGCAUUAUCUGCUCCUCGUAUUUCUGGGGCUACAUUACGGACAAGAUGGGGCGUCGCUGGAUAUUGCUGCACACGAUCUCGAUUAGCAAUCUGUGUUCCAUAAUAUCCAUGUUUAUGGUCAGCUUUACGAGCUUCUUUGUGAUGCGCUUCCUUACGGGCAUCUUCGUUGCCGGUCCGAGCUUCGUGGCCGUCACGUACCUGAGCGAGUUUUGCAACAAGAAAAUUCUGGCCCGCACUGUCACGCACAUGUACAUGUUCACCGGCUUCGCCAUGUUCUAUUGCCCCUCGUGGGCUACUUUGUUUCUCUCGUCGAGUUUCAUGGACUUUGAAAUCGGUUUCGUUGGCCGACUGACCUUUCGUCCCUGGCGUCUGCUCGGCUGCAUGUUUAUGCUGCCCGGCGUAGUCGCGUUCGUUCUGCUCCUACGCAUGCCGGAGAGUCCAAAGUUUCUGUUUAUGAUCGGCGAGACAAAGCAGGGCAUAGCUGUCAUGGAUUGGAUCAGUACGAAGAAUACGGGACGUCCGCUCAGUGCCGAGCAGGUGGAACUGAUGCUCAAGUUCCAGGAAUCGACAGGUGUCGUACGACAAAAGCGCUCGAAUAACUUUCUGCAGCAAAUGAUGAUCGAUGCGAUGCCCCUGUUUCGCAAGCCCUAUGUUGGCUUCUAUGUGGGCAGCUGUUCCGUCAUGUUUAGCCUCGGUUUGGUUGCGAAUGGCUUUGGUAUGUGGUACACGGCAAUGCGAAAUCGUUCCAAUAUGCGACUCGACGAUAAGACUGAUAUGACAUUUUGUAAAAUACUUUUCAACACGGCGCCCUCCAUUCUCGAAGAGAGCGAGCCGGAUCUGAUUGUCCCAUGCAACGACGGCUUCAUGGGCUUCAACGACUCGCUCAUAUUGGGCGCUACCUAUAUCAUUCUGUACAACAUUUGCUGGCUGAUGCUUUUCUUUUUGCCACGCAAGGCCUUGUUCAUUGCCGCUUUGGUCAUCUCCUCAUCCUGCGGCUUUGCUUUGAUCUUUGUCACCGGCCGUUGGUUGCAGCUGUUUGCCUUCGAUCUGUUUAUCGCUUUGCCGGGCGUCGUCAUCAGUUUGUUGGGCGGCGCACUGCUCCAGUUUGUGCCCACCUAUCUGCGGGCCAAGGCCCUGUGCAUCAGCUUAAUGUGGUGUCGCUGGGGCGCCGUGGUCGGCACAACAAUCGUUGGCAUCUACAUUGAGAAGAGCUGCGAGAUGACCAUUCUGGUGGUUGCCAUCUUCCCGAUGCUUUCGGCAAGCAUCGAGGGCUUUUUACCUCUCUAGUUGGACAAAACAUCUAAAUUAUGGUUUUUAUAUUUAAAUUGCUUGGAUUUUUUAGUAAAUAAAGGCUGGGCAAACCCAAAGGCUCGACAAGGCCUGAAGUCUGAGAGUCUGAAGACGAUAAUCGCCACACUUUGUUGUUUUAAAAAUGUUAAUUGAAAUAAAUCAGCACAAACACAAAAUUCA